AUGCACCAAGACCCAGUGGCUGAUCCUGACCGCACAGAUUCGAAACAAUGGAACCUGCAGCGAAUCCUCAAAUGCACCGCAAAAUUCAUCCUCCAUCAAUGGCUUCUCAUCGGCAUCGGAGUCGUCUGCGUCCUGGCCUAUUACUUCCCCAACGUAGCCAAACACGGGGGCGUUAUCAGAUCGGAAUAUAGUAUCCUGUACGGCGCGAUGGCGAUCAUCUUCCUCAUCUCGGGUCUCAGCAUCCCGCGCCAGAAACUGCUGACGCAUUUUCUGAACUGGCGGCUUCACUGCUUGGUGCAGAUUACUUCGUUCUUGUUUAUUCCUGCGCUAGUCCUGGCGGUCGUGCAUGUGAUUCUGGCUGGCGAUCCUCAGGGUCAUAUUGAUCGGGCUGUUUUGGCGGGUUAUAUCCUCACGGCUUGUAUACCUACCACUAUUGCGUCGAAUGUGGUUAUGACGAGGUCAGCAGGUGGUGAUGAUGCUGCUGCGUUGGUGGAGGUGUUGGUUGCGAAUAUCCUGGGACCGUUCAUCACGGCUGCGUGGACCGUGACUUUGUUGCCUCGUUCCGCUGAAUUCGAUCCGUGGAGGUAUGGAGGCGGCGAUCUACGCGAUAUGUAUAAAGAUGUCUUCAAGCAGUUGGGCCUUAGUGCUCUAGUGCCGUUGCUGGUGGGACAAAUAGUGCGGUGGACAUGGUCCGAUACAACAAACAAGGUGUUGCAAAAGUUUCAUAUCUCCAAGAUUGGGACGGCGUGUCUGUUGCUAUUAAUCUGGUCGACCUUUUCAUCCUGUUUCGCAACAGGGGCUCUGCAAACCAUUUCAACGCAAAGUAUCGUCUUCGUCGUUCUUUUCAACAUCGCCCUAUAUAUCAUCCUCACAGCCGUCUGCUUUUACCUCUGCAGACCACCUAAAGCCCUCUCUUCUCGCCCCUGGGGAAAACACGUCUUCCAUCGUAUGUCGCCCGAGGAAACCAUCGCGGUGUGUUUCUGUGGUCCGGCGAAGAGCACCGCGUUGGGGAUUCCGUUGCUGUACGCCAUGUGGACGCCGGUUGAUUUGUUCACCAAGGCCAAGACGUCUGUGCCCGUGCUGCUUUACACGACUGAGCAAAUAUGUGUGGCGCAUUUCUUUGUCGGUUUGUUUCGGAGAUGGUUGGAGAAACGGGGUCAGAAGGGGGAUCUGGAGGUGGGAGAGGAGGGGACGACUGCAAGGGUUGAAGCGGAGGGUCCAGAGGAGGUCAAAGAGGAUGCAAAUGCCCACCACACAAUUGAUACUUGA